AGUAGUACCAAGGGCGAGCUACGAAGACGAGAAAGAUUGCCACCGCUGUACCUGCUGCCCGUCCUCGGUUUACGGGGGCAGUGGUGCUGGUGCUGGUGCAGCAGUGGCGGCGGCGGCGGCGGCCGGGACUUGCCCGCGCACCGCCGGGGCCUAUUGGCGCGCCUUCGCGGCGGCGCACGCGAUCGAGCACCAGAAGCAGCAGCAGCAGCAGCAGCAGCUGCAGCAACAGCCAUCAUCAUGGCGAAUCCCCGGAAAUUCAGUGAGAAGAUCGCUUUACUAAAUCAGAAGCAAGCCGAAGAAACGGCGAGGUUCGAGCAGAUUAUGAAGGAAGUUUCCGAUGUCACUAGCAGGGCGGCGUCGGCGAGCAGUUCUGUGGGUGCCAGCCCGACGGGGGUUGGAGGUGGUGGACCCGAGGCCCCAGGCAGACCUCUGACCGUGAAAAGUGCAGGCGCGAGUCCGCCUCAGUCUAGCGGAAAGCACCUGCACAUUAGCCUAAGCCACCAGUUCAAGGCCGGCGGCUCCCUGCCCAACGUCAACGCCGAAAAGAACGCGGCUUCUCAGUGUGGCGAGGAAUCCGUCGUCGUCGGCCAGAUUGCCGCCAUACAUUCGAUCGACUUCAAGACUGCCCUGAACACCUUAGAAGAGAUGCAACAUAAUCAAAGUGCAUAUCAGCAGGUUGGGCCGGGAUCCGGUGGCAACUCCGGGAUCCCCCAGGAACGCAGCCGCAGCAUGGGUGUGGGCCCGAUGCGCUCCCGACCCAUCGAAAAGCGCCACGACACAUCACCCUACAGUGGCGUACCCUAUCUUUCGCCCCCACUACCGGAGACUUGGAGGCGAACUAACUCGGAUUCAGCUUUACAUCAGAGCGCCAACGAGGCUUGUCAGUCUGGCUCCUCUAUCGCUCAUCGACGAGAUCAACGAGUGCACGGGAGUUCCAGCAAUGAUAAUCGAGAUUCCCAUCAUCAUCAUCACCAUCAUCAUCAUAACCAUCACCAUGGAUUCAUUGAACGGCCAAGAUCAUCGUGUGAAAUGCCAAGGGUACCUGGGAUAAACGUUUACCCGAGUUCGCAGCCACCGGGACAGCAAAUUCCUAUAGGUAACAACACGGGCUCUUUGCCGGAUUUGAGCAAUGUACACUUUCCCUCGCCACUACAUACACCUCUCGAUCAAGAGGAUCACUCAAGUGGCUCGCCAUACAGCAAUAAUCAUUUAUCGGUGCCUGUUAACCAUAGGUUUCUGCAUUCGUGUAAGCAGGGCUUAACGCUCGAGAACAAUUCAAAUGCUUCUCAGCAAGACAUCCGAAUAAAUUAUUCGCAACAACAGCAAGCUUCUCAGACACAUUCUCAAGUACAAGCACAAACACAACCUCAGAAUGUCUCAGGGUCAUCUUCGGCUGUGCAACAGUCACACGCUGUCCCACAUAGUCCGGGACAUUAUGUGUAUCAACAACAACCACAUAGCCCUCUUACUCCUCAGAGUCCGAAUGCUUCUCAGCCUCAAGUGCAUCAACAAAAUGCACAAGGACAAUUCAAUUCUCUGGGGUCAUAUAGAACAUCACAGAUGGUAAACAGGCCUUCACCUCAAUCUUCACCUAGUCUUACCUUUCAGGAAAGUCCUUUAAGUUACAGUAACAACCCAUCAGCACCUUCAAGUCCCACAGGACAUCAUGGUCCACCAAAUUUAACACUUGAUCCACAAGACCAAAAUGUAUUUAUCAAUCAAGUCCACGCGGACUUUGAGCAAUUCAGUAUGAUUGAUUCACCAUCAACAACAAUUGGUCCAUACAUCAAUUCUCCCAGUCAUACUGGUACUUAUACUCAGAGUGAUAUACUAAGUGUUGCAAGUGAACUUGGCAGUGGAGAUGGAGGAUAUUUUAGUACAAGUCCACUUCAGCAGCUGGCAUAUCAUACAAGAACGCCGACAACAACACAACAAUUGACGCCUCAGACACCGAAUACACCAACUAUAACUCUCACUGAUUGCUCAUUGGGACCGGAUGAUCUAGUGAGCUCAGAUUUUAGUAAAGAUUUUGGAUCAUCGAUAUCAGUAACGUUUGGGCAAGAUUUGUUUUCUACAGAUGACACUCUCUCUCAAGAUCUCAACUCCUUGCGUCAAGAAGAUAUCAAUGCUCUUAGACAAGAUCUCGACCCCCUAGAUUUGGAUGAAUUGCAGAGGCUUGCCAACUCAGAUAUGGUAAUAUCGGAUCCGACUACCGAAGCUGAUUUUAGGUUAGAGCAACGUUAAUGUUAAUUUUAAAAAUGUCACCCCUGACAAGAUAUUUACGACUGUCGAUUUUGUAUUUUUACCGCCGUAAAUAGUAUAGCUC